AAGGGCGGCAUAUAAAUCCAAUAAACCAAACCAAAUCAAACCAAAAAAGGACAGCAAAAGGUUCUCAAAGUGUAUCUCCAAACUGAAGAAAUGAACAUCAGAAUGCAAUGUAGAUUCAAAUGACCCCAAAACAGUUUUAAUUUCGCAUGAAUGCUGUGAGAUCUGAGAUGACAGUGACUGAGCAGAACAGAAAUGUAAGCUGACAUUGGAUGCUUCAGUGAGAAAGCUUCUAAGUGUAACUGCUAUAAAAAGGGUGAACUCUCUUAUUUGGGUCGUUACAAAUUUAAAAAUAAAAUCAGCAAUAUCGUAAUUUUGUUUUAAAUGAAAUUAAGUCCCACAAUGGAUUAUUUUAUUUGUAAUUCUAACAUAGGGCUACAACCAGUGGUGUAGAUCCAAUGACAUCCAUUCGUGGAAAUAUUUCUCUCUCCCUCAGAAUGUUCCUUCAGAUCCUUCUGAAGAACCUUCUGUUGGAGUUGGAUUAUAAAUACUCUCCUAACAUUGAAUAUAUUCUAGAGUAAACAUUUUGUUAUUCAGAGAAUGGGAAAAUUAAUUAAAAUUAACGAAAUACUUAAAUUUUUGAAGGCAUGCCAUUUAAAGACUGAAACUAUGACAUACGAAGAUAAGGAGCAUCAGCUAGUCACUGACUGUGUUAAAGAAAUAACAUGUAUUUCUGCUGAAAUAGAGGAAGCAAAUGCUCAGAUUGCAAGAAUGAGUGAAGAAUUGAUGAGGAAGGAUGAAGAGCUGAUUAACUACCAGGAGGAAAUCUCAUCCCUUUUAUCUCAGAUUGUUGAUCUUCAGCAUAAGAUCAAAGAGCAUGUAAUUGAAAAAGAAGAAUUGAAGCUACAUCUACAAGCUUCGAAAGAUGCCCAGAAACAGCUGACAGCAGAGGGUUCAACAGAAACGUAUAUUUGAUACUGUCAAACUUGCUAAUGAUAUGCGUGGCCGUUCUGCUUCCUGUCCUGUUUCACUGUCCAUUCCAGGAUCCAAUCGUUCAAGUGUUGUCAUGACAGCAAAGCCUUUUCAUUCUGGCUUGCAAUACAUGGAAGGAAAAGGAGUUCAGGCUCUAAAGGCCAGUACAGAGGGUGUUUCCAACUUCCAAUCCAGGGAAAUGUCUUUCUUCUACAAACUCUACAUUUACUUUUACUACCUGUAGAAUACUUCACCCAUCUGAUAUAACACAGGUUACACCCAGUACUUUGUAUUCUCCCUUGUGCUCCGGAAGUUGUAGCAGUACAGGCAGUGUAAUUACCAGCUCUCCACCCAUGUUGUAUAAGCUUAGUACUGGAGAAUUCCUUACAAGCAGAAGAGAUUCAACCACCACUUUCAGUAGCACUAGAAGUUUAGCAAAAGUUUUGCAAGAACAAGGCAUCUCAGCCACGGUUUACAACACUCCGGUCCAACUUGAAACACCCCUGCUUCCUCAUCCCAAGAUGCCUGCUGUGCCCUCAACCCCUCCAAAUUCUCCUUUGCAUUCCCCUUGUUCUUCCCCUCAGCCUUUUGAGUCUCGAGCAUGUGUGUCUGAAAAUUUUUUGGCCUCUCGGCCAGCUGAAACAUUAUUACAUGAACUGUACGGACAAAACCUCUCGAAUCCUGAUGCAGGACAGCUGAAGAUGAAUCUCGUAGAGAGACUAAAGAAACUGGGGAUUGCUAGAGCUGUCAAACAGCCUGAGGCAGGGGGUUACAGAAAGAGUCAGAGGGAAAAUAGCUGUCUCCAAAGACAGGGCUCAGGAGUGUAUGUUAGUGCAGGCAGCAAUUUGAUGGGGGGCUUGAGAAGGAACCACAGUCUUCCAGUCUUGAUUGGGGCACUUGCAGGCCCAGUCAGCGCAUCCUCCACAACAAUGGAGGUCUUGAAAGAGGAUUGAGCUAUUUAGCAUCAGACACUCUUAGUUGGGGAACCAAUGCUUCGAAAUGGACAGAUAGUAAAAAUGGUUGCAUUAAAUAUAAGGUUGUUUGAAUAACAAAGGCAUGUGGCUAAAUGGGAUAUGGGAGGGUCAGUAUAAGAAAUUUUAAAAGUUAAGAAAAGAAGAAAAUCGAGGAAAUAACAUUCAAUCGCCUUGAGACAAUUGAAAACACAUCGUCAUGAUUAAAUAAUGCAAACAGAUACAUUUUCUACCAUUUGAUAUUAAAAGAACAAGCAAAUGUCUAUGCAACUUUAUUUUAGAAUAUGUUUUAUUGGAUGUCAUCCAAGAGAUCUGUAUGCAUAAAUAGGCCAUCUCAAAUUAUACACGAUUGUAAGGAAGGACAUUCUUCAAAUAACAGGUGCAAUCUGUUUAUAGAGAUGAAAUCCGAUUCAUUCUAAUGUAGAAAGAUCAGGUGAAAUAUUCUUUUAUUAAGCAAUCUCACACAUUAGGAGAAAUCUAGGAGUGCAAAAUUACUAGGUACUCUGUGGCACAAACAAAGAAACCUCAGCAUUUUAAAAAGUCAAGUUUAUGUGCUUUGUGGAGGUUCUAUAUAUACAUUUGGGAGGAUAUAUUUGGCAAGCAAGCAUUUAUUACCUUAUACGUAGCAAUAUUUGGAAGAUGUUUAGCAUAUUAAUGUUGGAAUAAUCUUGGAGAAAAUUCCAUACAUUUGAAACACAAUCAGUAAUUAAUAAAAAUAAUCUCUUUAAAAUACAUUAUACAAAUAACAACUUUCUGAUUCUCGGGAAGCUAAGGCACAGCUUUCAGGGAGAAAUCUCGCAAUAUUUACAAAAUAAUAGGCACAAUUGUAUUCAUGUGAAACAGAAUUACAGCUAUUCUAGCUGCAGUAGACAAAGAAUUCCCAUUCAUAAUUAAGUGUAAGACAGAUUCCAAGCUUAAAGUUUCCGAAGCAAUUUUGGGAUGGCAGAAUUUCGUGUUUCACAAAAUGAGCACAGUGGGAUAGUUGUGAAUGUGAAACAAAUGGGAAGGAGAAAAAGCACAAGGGGGCACAGUUUUUUCUUCUAUACUUGGAUAACGGAAGGAAGGGAUUCUUAAAAUACGCACAUCUCACUCAGUUAAUUGCUAAUCAAAAACACUUGCAAAGAGUGUCAUGACUAAACUAAGCUGCUUAAUUUAUAGUUACGAUGAACAAAUAAUAGCCCUCUCGCCAUAGAUCAAGCAGGAGAGGAAUAAGAUAAAAGCUGAAUGGUUUGAAAAUUAAACACCAAAAAUGAUUAUAUAAUUUACCUGUGGGUUUUAUAAGGCUAUUCUCCAUAUUAAAGACAUCAUAGGGUGCAUUCAGAAAUACUAACUGGGCUGGAGGUAAACCAUCCAGGUAGCUUUAUAUAUCAAUGAAUCAAAAGUAAGGGCUUUCCCCCCCUUGAAUAGGCAUUCUAGGUGAAGAUUUAGAAGGAUUCCUUUAAACAAAUGUUUUCAACGUUGCAAACAGCCAUGCAAAGUAGCUUAUCAAUUCAGUCUCAGUAUCAAUCAUUGUGCUUGGCACCAUUGGUUGCAGCUAAUAAAUUGUAAAUGGUGCUUGUAAAUAGUAAAAAAUGUAUUUAUUUUAAGCUUCUAUAUACGGGUUAAUUCUAUUUAAAUUAUAUUUUAAAUUUUUUUUUUUAAGCUUGUAAAAUGCAAUUCCUUUGUGAUGUUUAAAAACUUGCUUUCCUUGGCAAGACAAAUAAAAGGGAAUAUUUAAGUUAGGUUCCAAAGCAGCCUGCCAUACUUUUAUAUAAACCGAGAAAAACCUGGGUAAUGAAACAGAAGCAUUCAAGAUAAUCCGCAGUAACUAUAGGGAACCAAGCACAAUAUUUCAACUACUGUGGAUUUGAUGCAUGUUUUAUAUACUAUGUAAAUUCUUUUUAGAUCAUAGUAAUUUCGAAUGGCCAUUCCUAAUUGGAUUUCAUAUCUUUUGUCUUUUUAAAUUAUUUCUGUUGGAAUGGUUCAAAAGAAAGAUUUAAUAAGGUUUUCUUCUGUCGCUGAUAACAAGACCUUGUAAAUCAGACUCCUUUCUUUUGAACCAUAUCCUAUAAAGUCUUGUAAAACUAUUCAGUAAAUAUAGGUUUAUUUGAAAAGGUUUUUUUGCCCCCCAGUUUUUCCAAAUAUGAAUUAUCUAAGAUGUCAUAUUCUGAUUUUUUUUUUUUUACUUGGGCCUGGCUUACAUUUUUUUAUCUUCGGUAUUAAUAAUGAGCGUGUAACCAGUAGCAGAAAAAUCAAAAUUUACUUACCUCCAAAGUUAAAAUGCUAAUUACAUAGCAUGCCUACAGACCCUCCUCUCAAAAAAGAAUUAGCUGAGAGCUAGAGGAGCAGUAUUUUUGUGCCAAAGCUCUUAAAAAAUGGGCCUUGGAAAUAGAAAACAGAUAAAGAAAUAACAAUCAGAACAGUUACCGGUACCAGAAAUACAUUACGAUGAACUAUCCCAGAUAGCUGCUGUUAUAAUGAAUGACCCAUCUUGCAGGAUUGAUAAAGCUAACAAUAACAACCCUAUAAGAUCCUUAGAAGAAUUAUCAUGAUCACUUUCAUAUGUACUUUGAUACCAUAUUUGAGUGCCAAUUUUUCAUAAAGAAAUAGAUGCGCAUGUGAUUUAAAACCAUAUUGUUAAAUAUUUCAUUAUUAUCUGAACUCUUUAUAUGUUUCAUAACAAUAUGUAUGCUUCAGUCUGCUUGAAUGAAAAGAAUGCUUUUUAAAAAAAAACAAAUGUAUCUAUUUUAAUAUGCAAAUGUAGAUGUCAUUUUUUUUCUGCAGGCAAAACCUGAAAUGAAUUUCAUUUGAGACAUUAUGUCAACUGUAAUUCAACAUACAAUAAAGGAUAUUUCUUUUUGGCUUUCCCCCUUAGAAUAUGCAUUUCUUAAAGUUAUAAUCUGUGACAGGUUGUUUUUGCAUAUUAUAGUCAAAUUGAAGCUGGAUAAUAAAACCCAUCUUUUUGCACA